UUGGGUGGGGAUCAAGGAUGCAUUUCAUUAGGCACAUGUAGAGCCUGGUGAACAUGCUGCACAUGCACCGUCUUUCAAAAUAAUCACAUUAUAUUCAAGUCUUUAAUAUUUUCACAUCUGACUAUAUUUUUUUUUGUGAAAUCUGUCAUUGAUUCUAGAUUGAUCCUUGUUAUUGCUGAUUUGAUCAAAACUGGAUGCAUGAAGAUUUAAAAACAGAAAGAUCCUGCAAUGUGUGCCUCGCCUUCUAUUCCUGAUGAGUCAAAGUAUUUGUGAUGUUUCUUGGCAAAAAGAAGAGUGAAUGUACAAAGAAUACCUGUAUUUUUGUGUGUUUUUAUCGAGGGCCUAAUAUGGAAAACUCAUCUACUGAAAUGAUUUUUCUCCUCAGUGGUUUAAAUGACACAAGACGAAACAAAUUGAUUUAUUUUUUCGGUUCCUUCUUCAUCUACUUGUUCACAAUUUUUCUGAAUAUAACUCUGGUUGUGACUGUCAUGCUGGACAGAGUUCUGCAUGAGCCCAUGUACAUCUUCCUGUGUAAUCUGUGUGUCAAUGGAAUUUAUGGUGCUACAAGUUUCUACCCCAGUUUUCUGCUGGACCUCCUAUCAGAUUCUCACAUUAUCUCAUACAGCGCAUGUGUAACUCAGAUAUUCGUAGUCCACUCGUAUAUGUUAUGUGAACUGUCCAAUCUGACAGUGAUGGCUUAUGACAGGUAUGCUGCAAUAUGUAACCCACUGCAGUAUCACCCUAUUAUGACCCCUGAAAAUGUGGGAAAAUUUUUGGUUGUGCCCUGGCUGUUAUCUUUUGCUGAGAUUUUAAUUGGAGUUCUUCUAAUGGUCAGGCUGCCUUUGUGUGGAUAUAUGAUAAAUAAGCUUUAUUGCACAACCUGGGAUGUGGUGAAGCUCUCCUGCAUAGACACCAGUGUGAAUAAUCUAUAUGGAUAUGUAUUUUUUAUCUCUCAUUUCAUCCAAGCACUGCUGAUUGUAAUCUCCUACUUCCAUAUUAUAAGAACAUGUGUGGGAUCAAAAGCAGAACAGAACAAGUUUAUGGAGACCUGCCUGCCCCAUCUGAUCACUUUGGCAAUCUACAGUCUGUCUGCAGCAUUUGAUAUCUUAUAUGCCCGUUAUGGAUCCAGCAGCAGCCUGCAGGGUCUCCGUAACUUCCUCUCCAUAGAAUAUCUGAUCAUCCCUCCCCUGCUCAACCCCCUCAUUUACGGCCUCAAGCUGAAGCAGAUUCGUCUGAGUGUCUGGAGGCUGCUCAACAGGAAAGUCAGUGCAGGGUCAUAGAUUCUAGAAUGUUCUGCCUCUCAAUAAACAAAAAUGGUGAAAAUGACAGGAAAUUUUGUUUCAUGGGCCAUUAAUGUUCAACUGUGAUGAUUUCAAAUUUAGUCAUAUUGAAGCAUGACAGGAGCUCUGUGCUAAAUGUGAGGUUCUAAUACUGAUGACAACCUCAGAUGCAUUUGGCAGCAAAUCAGCUGCUGCCUUUUGCUGGUGAGGAUCAGCUACUCAAAGCUCAGGGUUUAAUAGAGAAGCUGCGCCCCCUUGUGUCCGUCACAGAUAUAUUACACACCACAGUCUGUAGUGAUGAGAGUAAUAAUCAAUGCUGAUGUCUGCUGCUUCCUGUGGGGGGCUAUAAUAGAGCUAUCACCUGCUACCUCCACUAAGAGGCUAAUCAUAGGUCACAUGACUCUCACUCCACCUGUUGGGACCAAGAGAUUUAUCGGUCCACCCCAUCAUAACCCAUCACUUUAUGCAUGUGUAACCCUUAUUACCUUCUUCUCUCCUGUCUUAUUGUUUUUCUGGGUAACUCCUCUUUCCACAUCAUAAUCAUGUCUCUACUAUAAGGCGGAAUUGUGAUUUGUACCAAAGACUAAACAAACAAACAAACAAACCCUAUAAGCUCCUAUAUCUCCUUCACCUCUACGACCCAGCAGUACCAAGAAUAGCUAAAUCAUCACAAUUAACCUGGAAUUUGAAGGAAAAUUCCCCCAAACUAGUAAUCUCCCUAUGAAACUUUCGUCAAAUAGACUUCUUUGAGCAGCAGGCAUCUGUAAUCUAAGGGCUGCAAGCCUAUUUUGGGCACUUAGCAAUGCUGAAAAAUUUCCCCAACUCAAAAUACGGAAUUUAAAUGCCAAGAAACUAAGAAACCCUCACAUUACACAGAAGCUGUCAGACUCUGCUCUCAGCCUCCUGUGUCAGAAGGUGAGGGAACCAGUGAUUUUUUUUACAAAUCUUUCUACAUGUGUUUUCAUUUUUAAUGUAUUUUGGUGGAUCUGGAAGUAUUUCUCUUUGUUUUAAAUAUUAAUUCAAAGAUUCUAUCAGUUUCGGUAAAUGUGUGUAGACUUUAUCUUACAAAUGUCAAAACAACCAAUAAAAAUGACACAUCAGCUUCUCAC